AUGGAUGGGAAUAGAAGAUUCUCAAGAUCUCGCGGGCUUACUAUUCGAAACGGUCAUCUCUUAGGAGCGUUUGCACUCGAAAAUGUCAUGGGUGCUGCUCAUGCUGUUGGUAUCGAAGCCAUUACUGUGUACGCAUUCAGCAUCGAAAGUUUUCAUCGGCCAAAGGAGCAGUUAAUGAGGUUCCUACGAUCCGGCGAUAUUAUUGACAGACGUGGGAUCAGAGUCCGGGUGCUGGGCCGCUUGGAGCUACUCAAUGAUAACAUUAAGGAGAUCAUUGAUAUAAUGCAAACGUGCGGGAGUACCGUGCCUGAGGAAUCAAACUACCAAGUCAAUAGUCUCGAGAAAGAUGAGAAUCGUUCGAGCCCAUCCAGCUGGGAAAAAUUAACCUUAUCUUCCCGUUGGAGCCCCUGUCCUGAAGGCAAAAACACAUCUCGAUUCAAACUUAUCCAGAAUACUAACUACUUGUAUCCUGUGCACGCUGAGCACCGCAAUACUCUAUUAGAAGAUCAGAUAGCAGGAUACGCUAUGGCGCCCACAGUAUGCACCACCCCUGCAUUCCGCUGGGAGUCGUUGCAAGCUGGAAGAGUUGCCAUGGAAGAUCGUGCAUGGAAAUUAUUCGGCUGGGCUAUCAAACUCAUAACAGGCGCGCGUCAGAGUAGUGACUUCACAACAGUUGACGGAGGCCAGCUGCAUGAGCUAAUCCUAUCCUAUUUGGGUUACAGAGUUACGGGAGCCUAA